AUGGCAUUUUAUUCUGAAAAUCAACAUGACUACCUUCUAGCCGCUUUGGGUGUCAUGAUGACAGGGGCAAUCCCUGCCUUGCUGAAUCCCAUGUACAAGCCAGAGGAGCUCGAGCAUGUAUUCAAGCUGACGAAACCUCGCGCUCUACUAGCCUCGCUAAAUUCAUACGAGAAUGCAAAGAAUGCCGCAGACUCAUUGGCGAAACUCACUGGCGAAAAUAUAGAUUUGUACGUGUUUGACGAGGAGCAUGAGCACAGUUUCUACAAGCGGCUCGUGGAACCAGGCAUCAAGGCUCGCGAUGCGGGAGACAAGUUAGUGGAAAAUGUCCAAUUUGACCCUGCGAAGCAAGAAUCUAUGUUUUGUUUUAGUUCUGGCACAUCAGGCCUUCCGAAGGCCGUGCGCCUCACUCACAUGAACCUCAUCGCGAACACGAUACAAAUGACCGUCACACUCGGCGGGCGUGUAAACAAGCCAACUUAUGAUCUAUAUGGCUGGUACGACCAGCCAGCAGCGCCGUUGCAAGAAGGAAUUGAUCAAGUACACUACUCAUUGCUACCGCAGUUCCAUUGUUAUGGCAUGAUCACAUCAAUCAUCAAUUUACACACCCUUACUCCAGCCAUCAUUGAGGCCAAGUUUUCCCCUGAAAGCUUUUUCCGGGCCGUGCAAAAAUUCAGAGUGACAUUUGCAUUCGUUGUGCCUCCGAUCUUGAUUGCCUUAGUUCGAUCCCCUAUGGCUGACAAGUAUGAUUUAUCGUCGAUCAAAUCGUUGGCCUCGGGAGCCGCGUUUCUUAGUAAAGAGCUGUGCACUAUGGUCAAUGAUCGAUACGGUAUCCGUAUCACUGAUGGCUAUAUUACUCUGCACGAUCGUGUCAAAGAUAUUAUCAAAUACAACGGCUAUCAGGUUGCAGCGUCAGAAAUUGAAACCAUUGUCAACUCGCUUCCAUUCGUACUUGAGUCUGCUGUCGUGGCCAAGGUUGUGAAGGAAGAUGUUUCCCAUAACGAAUUGCCAUGGGCGUGCAUCGUGAUGAGGCCCGAUAAAACAUCGCUCUCAGAGAAAGAACUAACGAAGCAAGUCCUUGAUACCGUAAAUACCCGAGUCUCUGGUUACAAAAAGUUGCGUGGCGUGUCAUGGACUGACCAGCUCCCUAAGAAUACGUCUGGGAAAGUUCUAAAGCGUGAAUUGCGGAAGCAAUUAAGUGAGACUGAUAGUUAA